AUGUGGGUUGCAGUUGCCUUGUGUUUGCUAGUGCAGUAUUUGAGCAGCGAAGCCAAAGUCGCUGUUCUUCCCAUGUUGAGACACAACGAUGGAAUAGUUGGAGGCGAAGAUAUUGACAUCUCCGAAGCACCUUACCAAGUGUCUCUUCAGGUGAAGGGAAGGCACUAUUGUGAAGGCACCUUAGUCGCCAAGGAUAUUGUAAUAACUGCUGCACAUUGUCUUAAUAGUUAUUUUCAUCUUUUCAAAUGCCUCAUUUUCAGGAAAGUGACAAAAUUAAAUCUAAAAUUCUUAGUGGCAAUUUAUGCCCAAUUUCCAGUUUCCAUUGAAAAAUUGUUCUGUUUCAGUCUAGACGCUUCCAUUUACCAAAUUCGAGCUGGUUCCUCCUUUUCUGACCGUGAUGGUGAACUGUACCUAGUGGCAAAAGUUCUCCCGCAUCCUAAAUUCGACUAUGAAGAAUUUGACAGUGACAUUGGUAUUGUAUGGCUUUCUGAACCUGUGGAAGUGAGUGACAAGAUUGCAACGGUAGAAAUGAAGGAAUGUGUAGAUGAAGUGCCUGACGGUGACAUUGUUCAAGUCACGGGCUGGGGGUGGACUGAGCCUAUAAGAUCGUUGGCUCACAAUGAUCUGAUGCUUCAAAGAGUUCUGAUCCCGAAGAUUGCUGAUUCGAAGUGCCGUGAUGCUUAUGACCACUUAUUCACAGAGAAUAUGCUGUGUGCUGGACUACCCGAGGGCGGGAAAAAUGCUUGUUUUGACAGUGGUGGCCCUCUCAUCCACAAUGGUAAAUUGGCUGGCGUGGUUUCGUUUAGCAGAGGAUGCGCUAGACCAGACUACCCCGCUGUCUAUGCGAAAGUCUCUGCCCUUAGAAAAUGGAUUAACGAACAAUUGAAUGGAGACAAGAAGCCAUGAAAAUUAAAUCUCGGAGAGUAUUAAUAAAAUGAACUUAAAGAAGUCUAAUAAAAAAUGAUAACCGU